AUGGAGGAAUUAUCAGAGUUUCAGUCAAUCCCGCGGACAUUCGAAUACUACCAAGAACACUGGAAUCCCACAUGGUCCGAGUGGAUCUGGUUACCACCAGGAGUGCACUGGGAACACCUUGCAAGUGAAAAGUACGCCAAACCACACCACUUGGCCCCAGCACUAUACCUGGUGGUGGUUAUUGUACUGGUGCGCCUAGCGCUAGAAGGGUUUCUGUUUCCUA